GUCUUACUCAACCAGACAUGGUUUGGGCGGAUCGGAUCGGUGCGCCUCCUUGCGCCAUUGUCAGGGACGACUCUGCUCAAACUCAAUGUGGUCGACAUCGGUCUCGUGAUGAGCGCAGCGUGAUACUGAUCAACCCGUCUGACUUGCGAUGGAUGCUUCGACAUAGGCUCGCGAGCCUGCGACAUGGCCUGCGAUGCUCAAACCGCUCACCACUCCGGCAUGGCGCAUCUGCGUGAUCUUCAGUGUCAUUGCUGCCGGUCUCCUGGUUUUCGCCUCCAUAGCUCGCCUGUCCGGACCAUUCCUGGGCUUACCGAGCGGGCUUCCUACCUUCUACAGUGCACCUGAAGAGCAUUACCUCUCAUCUUUGGCACUGGACAAAGUGUUACAGGAUGCCUCGCCCAUCUUCGGACACGCCUCGAGCCUAUUAUUACCCAACACCGUGGAACCGGCGACAGCCACGUGGAUGAAAGCGUACCACGAUGAGACGAGAAUUGUGCACCUAAACUUGCCCGGAGCACAUGAUGCUGCCACUUGGAAUUACAGCCGUGCUACACAAAAGGCGCUGAAAUAUGUCAACGACCUUGCACAUAUCUCGGCUGUGGACCCGGCCAAUUACAAAUGCCAGUCUAGGUCGCUUUCACAAAUGCUCAACGCUGGAAUCCGUGUGUUUGACCUUCGGUACGCAUUCGAUGUGACGAGGACGACAAUGGUCUUUUGGCAUGGCAAUGCUCUGCAGUCCGAAACUGCAACCGUGGAAGACGUGAUGUACGCCUUCUAUGCUUGGCUGGAUCUCCAUCCCAGUGAGGCUCUAUUUCUAUCCUUUCAGCAUGAAGGUGGAGGCGACGACAUGCAGACACAACUGUCUCUGUAUGAAACUCUAAGCUCUCCCGCCGCGAAGAGAUAUAUCGUGCAAGCAAAGGGAGAGCUGGGCACUCUUGCGAAAGCCAGAGGCAAGAUCACUCUCCUCAAACGCUUCGAUCUUGACCUCAUUCAGAAGCAGUACGAGAGUGCUCUUCCAGGAUUGCACUUCUCACCCAAGAAAUGGACUGUCAACGGCGCGGACAUUGAGCUCGUGUACAACGAGACUACAGAGGAAACGGCAUACAUCCAGGACUAUUUCUAUCCGAUGGCUGAAGUUGGCUCGCCAGCCACGACUACCAUCAGCAUGAAGAUGAAUGCUACAGAGGCUCACCUUCAACGAGCAGCCUCAGACUACCAUCCUGACAGUUUGUUCUGGGGCUUUGCAUCGAGCACGAACACGGGUAACAAGCCUCCUGACACUCCUGAAAUCCAGGCCCUCGGCAAUGGCACUCUAACGCCGGAUGGAGGGGUAAACCAACAGCUAAUUCCUAUUCUCAACAGCAUGAAGGGCAGGAGGCUGGGCAUCAUGAUGUUCGACUUCUUCGAGGAGCCGGAAGACCUCGUUUCACUGUACCUGAAUCUACUGAGCCCAGAAGAGGCGUUGAACUAUGGGGCGUGAGCUGCGAAGCUGUUUAGAAUAUAGAUAUAAACCAGCAGAUGUUCACUAUCCA